AACUCACAAUGGGCUUCUUUACGCAUGAAAACGGUUUAUUUAACGGCUAGUUUCAUUUACGUCUCACGUAAAUACUUGUGUCGUUCCCGUAUCUGACAGUUAUUCUGCCGUUGACAAUGUGCGUGUGUUAUCUAAAAGGCCUUAACGUGAGGCUGAAAACAAAACCGUCUUAGUUACACGAGGGGAUAUAUUUAGUUCGCUAACAUCACUGCGGUGGAAUUAAAUCAGGUGGGAACUCUCUAAAUUCAACAGAAACCAUCCACGCGCAGCAAACGUUAGCGGUGUUAGCUAGGAGCUAACGUACUGUCGCACGGUGACUGUCGCACUUACCGAGGCUGUAACGUCAACUGUCACAAACACGGACCGGUGGCGCCGAUCCGAACCGGGCUGUGACGUUAGACGUUAGGCUUAGAACGCACGAGGGUUUACCUGAGUUAUUACGUACUUUUAUAAAGGUGUAUAUAAGUCGUACAACGUACAAUAGCUGUCAACAGGAGGUAAAUUAACUGGUGGUCAGAUUUCCUUUAUUUUAUAAUAAGAUAAACAAUCAAGUAAAUGAGGCUCACUAAAAACUACUGCAUUACUUUUACUUAUUAUAAUUAUAUUCAUCCUACAUGCUCAUUUUGUAAUCUGAAAUAGGAAUUAAACCUGUUUUUGUAACUGCUGAUACAAUAAUUACAACAUUCUGACAUUAUAUCUAAUAUGAUGGACGUAAUGUCUAAUACGAUGGACAUAUCCUAAUCAUUGAACAUUUUGAAUCAACCAAAUACACUUAACGUUACUUGAUUUUAUAUUGUAUACAUAUAACUACAUGCAACUCACCCAGAAGCAACUUGAGAUAUGAUCUUACCUAAACAUUGUUUGUAUUUUUUGCCAUUUGUGUAUUUGAUAUCUAUUUAUUUAUAUUUUCACAUUUGCACUCUUGCCUAUUUCGUUCUGCAACUGCUGCACAACAAUUCCCCUCAGGAUAGAUGGUAAAUGAAGAGUAAAAUGCAACAAAAUAUUUUGAAGAUCUGGGGAAAGUUGGGAAAGUCCAGGUUUAGGUUUUUACAUACUGAUGUAAUUUAAAAUAAGUUAACAGCGAGUUGCUAUUGGUUGUAGUGGCCCUGAUGCUCUGUUAAUUUGCUAUUAAUAGCAUGUUUGUCUUCCACAUAUCUAAAGAGGUCUCACUGACUGGAUAGCUAUUUAUAUUACUGUGUGUGCUGUUAGCUUCAUAUGUGGAAGCAAAAUAAACUCUGAAAUAAACCGUUUUGUAUCCAUUUUGGAAUCUUAAGCCAACAAAUUAGUCAAAGUAGAUUUCUGGGGUGAAAGGACACAGCGGCAUUAACCGGCACAUGCACCAGCAGCAUUUGCCUGGUAGACAGUGUUGAUUUGAAUGCAGGAAAUGCUUUGUUAUUGUUGGAUUGUUCCUGGUCUCGAGCUGUCAGCGGGAUGAAUCGUAGCUGUGUUACAUGUUUAUGCCGGUUGGAUCCUCCUGCUGGGGAUCUCGGCUGCCUUCGUGCACUACGGUGGGUUACUGCAUUUUUUCGCCCUGGGCUAAACGGAUUAACUGUUGCAGAGAUUAGUGACCUAGUGAGUGAACUAGUGACCGGCUGCAUGUUCAUCUGUGGUGUUUCUCUUUGUGACCAUGCGGGGGAGCUCUUGUGAAGGACUCUAAACCGGUGUGACUGUACAGUUUCAGAUUUGUCAGAUUCAAUAAGUAACUUUUAAAGCAUGAUUGUUUUCAUGGUGCAGUGUGAAUGCUACAGCGUCACUGAUAUCUCACAGGAUAGGUGUUUCUGUCCGCAGGUCUUUCUGUAAGGGGGUCCACCACAACCAGAUUUGAACAGUUCACACCAAACACACACACAGCGUAGGAGGAUGGCGUUGAAUGUUUACUCCACCUCUAUGACUGUAGAGAACCUGAGUCGUCAUGACAUGUUGGCAUGGGUCAACGACUCUCUGCAGCUCACACACACAAAGAUUGAGCAGCUCUGUUCGGGUUCCGCUUACUGUCAGUUCAUGGACAUGCUGUUUCCAGGGUGCAUAUUAAUGAAGAAAGUUAAGUUCAAUGCGAAACUGGAACAUGAAUACAUCAACAACUUCAAGGUCUUACAGGCUUCAUUCAAGAGAAUGAAUGUGGACAAGAUCAUCUCCGUGGAGAGGCUGGUGAAGGGGAAGUUCCAGGACAACUUUGAGUUCCUUCAGUGGUUUAAGAAGUUUUUUGAUGCCAACUAUGAUGGGAAAGAAUACGACCCUCUCAUGACACGGCAGGGCCAAGAGGGAACGCCGCCUCCACCCAACACCCAAGGCCCCUUGAGAACAUCCCCCACGACACCAAAGACUGUUUGCACCACCCAGAGGCAGAUAAACCUAGCAGCAGGCCGCAAGACCGCUCCCGUGACCCGCAAUGGAGGAGAAUCUGAGCUCAUAGAGCUCAACCAGCAGGUACCAGCUGCUUUCAUCUGUUCAGCCAUUUCUAAAAAUACAAACACACCCUGUUGUUUCCUGUCAUGGCAUCGCACCGAGGUAGCAGCGCAGGGCUCGCAUUAAACUGCGUGAAUAAUUGUACCCGUCAGUUAGGGCUGGGCGGUAUGACCAAAAAUGC